AUGAAGACUUUUGAAAUGUUUGAUUUAGGACCACUUCAUUAUUUCUUGGGUUUAGAAGUUGUGAAAGAUGCAGGUGGAAUAUCUCUUUAUCAAAAAAAGUAUGUUGUGGAUCUUUUGAAGAAAUUUGGAAUGUCAAAUUGCAAAGCUACCAAUACUCCACUUAAUGUGAAUGAAAAAUUGACUUUAGAUGAUGGAGUUAAAAAAACAGAUGAAAAGUAUUUUCAAAGCAUGGUGGGCGGUUUGAUGUAUCUCACAAACACACGACCAGAUCUUAUGUUUGCCGUAAGUCUCAUCUCUCGAUUUAUGCAUAGUCCAAGCAAACAUCACCUUGGAACAGCCAAAAGAAUUAUGAGGUAUGUCCAGGGAACAAUCAGCUAUGGGAUCAAGUAUGAGCAGAGUACAAGCAAUGAACUUUGGCUUUCACGGAUAGUGAUUGGGCUGGUUGUUUAA